CACGCAGGGACAGAGUCUGAGAGUGGCGAGAGAAGAUGAUACCGCAUCAAUGGGGGUCUCCGUGCGGUAACCAAUGCACCAACAAGUACGCAGCCCUUAUGCAGAUUCCAUGGCGAGUAUUUUGCAAAAAGGGCUGUGACGCUGAUGGAGAAACUUGGGAAGAAUGCUUGGAGGAGUGCAAUGAGAUAUGCUACAAGGAUCCUGUUUUAAAGGACCGGCAAUGGAGUGCUUGCAUCGACCGUUCUCCUGGAGUUGACAGGUACUCAGAGGAGUGCUUUCAUGCUUGUGUAUCUGGCUGUGGUUACAAGUUUGAUAUUCGUCCGGACAUAGCUGAUAAAGUUCGUCCAAACAGGCGACCUAAGCCUCCUCCCCCUGUUCAAGAGCCAGCCUCACCGCCUGCUGAAUCCAGAGCAGCCGGAGCAACGACUGAAGACAUACUUAGCACUUCAGCAUAAUUUUUUGACAGACAAGAAACACCGUGGAAAUGUGAACUGUAAACUGGAUCCCCUUUCUGUUUUAUUGGUGACAAUUGAAUUGAUAUUCGAUAUAUUUGCAAGUUCAAUGUUUGAGAAGAUACUUCAGAAUUUGUUCACUAUAUGAAUUCGUCUUGAUCAAAGCUUUAGAGGUGGAGAACCGUAUUGCCAUGGAUGUCAUUAAAUUUCCUAUGCACCAUUGAAUGGCCUUGACACCAAAUUUCACUAGUGGAGAAGCUCUGCCAUGGACAUGAUUUAGAAGAUUGACAUUUCUUGUCAGUUUCAUUAUCUGCCUAAGUGCCUAUUGUGAAACCUUGAUGAAUAAUCUACUAUUCUAGCGGUA